AGAACCCACCGAGUCGGCAGAGUCCGCGCCCGCCCCUUUAAAUCAGCCGCGGCGUCUUUAAUUAAAAUGGCGGGCCGGGAGGAAGAAACAACACAGCGGCUGUCUCUUGGUGACAAGGUGGCCCUGAUCACAGGAGCCAGCUCUGGCAUCGGCGCGGGCACUGCCACUCUGUUCGCCAGGCUGGGGGCCAAACUGGCCCUGAACGGCCGCAACGUGGAGAGUCUGGGCAAGGUGCAGCAGGAAUGUGAACAGGUCGGGAAGCACACGCCCCUGCUGCUGCCCGGUGACCUGACAGAUGAGACGACCGUGAACAAGCUGGUGGAGGAGACCAUCAAUCACUACGGACGGCUGGACGUGCUGGUCAACAGCGCGGGCAUCCUGCUGAUCGGUACCAUCGAAACCACCACCAUGGAGCAGUACGAUCACAUUAUGAAUGUCAACGUCAGAUCUCUCUACCACCUCAGCCGCUUGGCUGUUCCUCACCUCAUCCACAGCAAGGGCUGCAUUGUCAACGUGUCCAGUGUCAAUGGUCAGCGCUCAUUUCCGGGUGUGCUGGCCUACUGCAUAUCGAAGGCAGCGGUGGAUCAGUUCACACGGUGCCUGGCCCUCGACCUGGCGCCCAAGGAGGUUCGGGUGAACGCUGUCAGCCCAGGAGUGAUCGUCACGGAUAUCCACAAGCGGGCUGGACUGAACGAGGGCGACUAUGCCAAGUUCCUGAACAAGUGCAAGGUGACACACGCACUGGGCCGGCCGGGGCAGGUGCAGGAGGUCGCCCAGGCCAUUGCCUUCCUGGCCUCCGAUGCAGCCUCCUUCAUCACCGGCGUCACCCUGCCUGUGGAUGGAGGCCGCCACGCCAUGUGUCCACGCUGAGCCCACGGCCACGCUGGCCCUGGCCUUGGUCACUCCCGGUCACUCCCGGUCACUCCGGGGCCAGUCCCGGUCACUCCCCGCCACUCUGGGGCCACUCUGGGGGACUCGGCC